AUGCAUCGUGAGGGUGGUCCGCACGAUGGACAUGACCGUCUCAUGCAUGCCGCGGACCAGGAUAUGGCGCAGAUGGGAGGAGCGGCGGAGGGUUCUGGUGAUGUCGACCGUCUCGCUCACGAGACGGAAGACCCUACCAACCAAGAAGACCGCCGUCCAAUUAAGAAAAGCGAGAAGAUGCGGGUCAUCUACCUGUCGAGUGAGACCGAAGAAGAGGACGAGACGGUCGACGCUGCACUCAACCCUGAAGAUGAGCACGAGGUCAUCGUGUUGUCUAGCGAUGAGGAAGAUGGCGACGAUAAGCACAACGAGCCGGUCAUUAUCGCCGGAAGCUACGUUAACGACGGCGGCGUCGUCGUCUCACUUACCAAGGAGGAGAUACCGGAUGAGAUCGUCAGGAAGGUCGAGGCUUUCAUCGAGGAGAUCACCGAUCAGCAGCCCCAUUGGAAACACAUGUAG